CUAAACAUGAACCACUAUGCUAAUAAGAAGAGCGCGGCGGAGAGCAUGCUGGACGUGGCUCUGCUGAUGGCUAACGCCUCGCAGCUGAAGGCCGUGCUGGAGCAGGGGCACCAUAACCCCCUGUACACGUCCCUGAUCACACUCAUCUGCCUGUCGCUCUGUCUGCAAGUGUUAGUGGGCAUCCUGCUCAUCUUCAUAGUGAAGUGGAACCUGAAUGACGAGCAGAAACAUCUCAGGCUGAACAUCUUAGAGAACAUCACCACAGGCUGCAUCUUCAUCAUAGUCGUCAUCAAUGUCUUCAUCACUGCGUUUGGAGUUCAGCGGCCCAAUGCAGGCGUGUGA